AUGCGCAUGUGCUCUGAAACAAAAAUGGACGCCGACUUUGAGGAGAGGCUGCGUGACGAGAUAGAGCGGACCCUGUUUGAGGAGACGGUGAAGACCCUGAACUCUUAUUAUGCCGAGGCCGAGAAGAUCGGGGGUCAGUCGUACCUGGAGGGCUGUUUGGCUUGUGCCACAGCUUACAUCGUCUUCCUCUGCAUAGAGACGCGUUAUGAGAAGGCGCUGAAAAAGAUCACGGGAUACAUCCAGGAGCAGAAUGAAAAGAUCUACGCUCCGAGAGGCCUUCUCAUCACCGACCCCAUGGAGAGAGGGAUGAGAGUUAUAGAGAUCAGCGUGUUCGAGGACCGGGGCUCGGGCAGCUCCAGCCCGAGCAGCAGUGUGUCGUCGGCGGGCAGCAGUGCUCGGUGACUGGAGGGGCAGCACCAGGGCUACGGGUACCACCACAGGGGCAGCGGGGG